AUGAUUAAAAAAUAAGCUAUAUCUAAGUAACAAUAAAUCUAUGUUGGAACUCAAAUUGUAGAAUUCUCUUGGUUUAAAUAACAUGAAAUAGUAUAUGAACAACCUACAAAUCAAUGGAAGUAGUUAAUAUUUGACAAUUUUGAGUGGUUCCUAAUACUCUUGCUACUGAUAUAUUGCAUAACAUUUUACUUUAUAUACAAGGCCUUUAGUAAAAAAGCUAAUAUAAGAAAAGAAAGCGUAGCCAGUGAUGAUAUGCAAAAGUAUACGUGUAUACUAUUAUUUAGUUCCGUACGUCUUAGCUCUGAAUAAAAUGAAUUACAUAAAAAUGAUACUACAUCAAGCACUGAAAGCUCUCCAAGAUAAAAAAUUUUCACAUAGACUUAAGAUUCUGUUUAAGAAAUCAAAUAAAUUAAUAAAAGAAAGCUAACAGAUAUCUCUGAAGAGAAGGAACAAUAAAAAAAAUGGGAAAAGAAUGAAACUGAUAAUAAUAUUGUUCAUAGAGAAAAAAAUAAAGACAUUAAUAAGUUAGAAGAUAAUGAUUAAUUUAUUAAAAGUGACGAAAAUCAUAGUAAUCUUAAGGCAUCUCAUAAUAUUGAAUAAGAUUGUGCAAAAGAAUAAAUUCAAAGAAUUUAAUUAAGAUUACCAGAUUGGAGUUAAUAUUUGGAAAAUGGUAAAUUUAAAAAAUUGUAUGCUUCUCCAACUAUUAUUGGUAAAGGUAGUUUUGGAGAAGUUUAUAAAUGCCAAAAAAUAGUUGAUCUUAAAGAAUAUGCAGUUAAAAGAAUUUAUUUCAAAGUUUAAAAUGAAAAAAAUCUAAGAGAUCAUCCCAUAUUCCGUGAAAUCAAUGGACUUUAAGAAAUUAAUCAUAAAAAUAUUGUAAGAUUUUAUACAAGUUGGAUUGAAGAAUUAAGUGCUGAAAUGAUUGCAGAAAAAAGAAAAUUACAUGAUUUAGUUAAUGAAAAACAAUAGGAAAUAUAAAAUAAUGUAUCUAUUGAUUCAUUUCAUCCUCACAUUAUUGAUGACAUGUCAUAUUUAAAUGAUUGUGUAUAAUUUAUUGGAGAAGGUGGAACUGAAAAUGAUUAAUAAUUAUAAACUAUUUCUAAAAACUCUUAGACUAUACGAAGUUUACACCUCUCUGAUUUCAAUAGCUAAGUUUAAUCUUGUAUGAGAAAAUUUCAUUUUAAUCCUAAUUAAAAAGAUGAAUAAUAUUAAUUAUUUUUGUUAUAUAUAGAAGUAAUAUAUUAAUAAUAUUAUUAGAUGGAAUUAUGUGAUUAAACAUUAAAAGAUUUUAUAGAAUAUGUUGAUAGAAAAAAAGAUUAAAUAAAAAUUAAAACAUAUUUCAAAUAAAUAAUUGAAGGAGUUAUUUAUAUGCAUAAUUAAAAAUUCAUUCACAGAGAUUUAAAGUAAAUUUUAUAAAAUAUCCUAGACCUCAGAAUAUAUUUAUUAAUUCUAGAGAAGAAGUUAAAAUUGGAGAUUUAGGAUUAUGCAAUAAUCCAAUAUUAUAAGAUGAAAAAGAAUUAGUUUAAACUAAUUUUGAAUAUACAAAUAAUAUUGGAACUCCUAUGUAUAUGGCACCAGAAGUUAAAGGAGAUUAAUAUGGUUAUGCUGCUGAUAUCUAUGCUUUGGGAAUUAUAUUAUUUGAGAUGUUAUGGGAAAUUAAAACUUAUUAAGAAAAGUUUAAGUAAAAAUUUAUUCUUAUUUUUUUAGAUUAAUAUAAAAUCUUACUAAAGAUUAUAAAUUACCUCCAGAAUUUUCAAAGGAUUAUCCUAAUGAAUCUAAGUUAAUAUUAAGAAUGGUGAGUCGAAAUCCUAACAACAGACCAACUGCUUUGGAGAUAUUCGAAACACUAAAUAAAUUUAAUUGA